CAGGCCGCAGCUGUCUAUAGUGUGCUAGAGAUGCUCUUAGACACACGAAAACCAGAGAUUGGGAUCAAGAUUCCCCUUAAUACCUCUCUGUGAUUAUUCCCCGACCAAAAGCACUUUCCUCUUCAUCUAGUGCCGGCGGCUGGAGCAGCGCGGCGGCACAGCUCCCAACCCAACCUGAUUGCUGCCGCCGCGAGCCCCCUGUUCCUCUGCCAGGUACCUCAUUGUGAUUGAUGAUGUAUGGACAAUAGCAGCAUGGGAUGCUAUCCGAUCCGUGCUGCCAGACAACAACCUCGACAGCAGAAUCAUGGUGACCACUCGCAUAGAGGCCGUGGCCGUAGCAUGCAGUGAUGCUAGUGAAAUUUGUGGAGACAACAUCUAUCACAUCGAGCCCCUCAAUUCAGAAGACUCCAAGAAGCUGUUCCUCAGCAGAGCAUUUGGCUCCAAGGAUGCCACUUGUCCCACAGAGCUGGAAGAUGAAAUGAACAAAAUUCUCAAGAAAUGUGGUGGGCUGCCAUUGGCCAUUGUCAGCAUUGGCAGCCUCUUGGCCAGCUAUAAAUCAGCGGAGCACAAGGAUAUGUGGGACAGAGUUUGCAAAUCAAUUAGUUAUCAUAUGGAUACCAAUCCCACCCUUGACGGGAUGAGGCAGAUACUCACACUCAGCUACGACCACCUGCCCUAUCACCUCAAGGGCUGCAUGAUGUAUCUUAGUAUUUUCCCGGAGGAUUUUCUCAUCAACAAGGAUCGGCUAGUAUACAGAUGGAUCGCCGAAGGAUUGGUUGAGGAGAAGCGGGGGAUGACCCUGUUGGAGGUUGCAGAAGCCUAUUAUGAAGAGCUGGUGAGCAGGGGCAUGAUUAAUCCCACUGGCGAAAUAAUCAGCCAUGUCUAUGGAGCUGUGGAGACAUGUCGGGUGCAUGACUUGAUGCUGGAGGUCAUGGUGUCCAAAUCCUUGGAGGCCAACUUUGUCAGCCUGAUAGGUGGGCAGUAUGAUGGGAUGUCCUAUGACACAAUACGCCGCCUCUCCGUCCAUGGUGGUGGGCAGAGGCCCAAGGAAUCUCCAUCCAACAAGGACUCUCCAUCCAAGAAAACCAAGGAAUCUACAUCCAAGAAAAUGGUUAAGAAGAAUGACUUAAAAGACAUUAAUGUGCAGCAUGUCCGAUCACUGAGUAUGUUUCAGCUCGAAGGGAACAAGCUGCUUGAUCGUCUGGGUGAGUUCACUCUGCUGAGAGUACUAGACCUGGAAGACUGCAAGGGUGUAGAAAACAAGCAUAUGAGCCACAUCUGUCGGAUGUACCUUCUAAGGUAUUUGUCCCUGAGAGGUACAGAUAUCAGUGUGCUGCCUACAAAAGUCUGUGAUCUGGAGCAUUUGCAGACACUUGAUGUACGUGCCACCGGCCUUGCUAGACUUCCAGAAACCCUGAUAAAACUAGAGAAACUUGAGCGCUUGUUCUUCUCCCAGAAGGAUGUUUGGUCUACCAUGUGGAAGCCACCUCAGGGUCUUUGGAAAAUGAAGGCGCUGCGGGAGGUGGGCUGGGUGUUGCUAGAAGAUGAUGCUGUUGAGGUUGCCCAAGAGGUAGGUGAACUAGAAAAUUUGCAAAGGUUAAGUAUCUACGUCGAUUGUGAGCGGCCCAAUGGUCCCAAGGUUCUUGAAGAACUUGCCCUGUCCCUGAGCAAGACGCACUCUCUCCGGUCGCUCGACAUGGGCACCAUGAGUUAUGAGGCCAAUGCGUUGAACUUUCUCCUUGAGCUCCCCUCGCCGCCACGCCUCCUCCGAUUCCUCAGGAUCGCUGGUGGCAUUGACAAAUUGCCCAAUUGGGUCGAAUCGCUCACAUAUCUUGUUGAGUUUCACAUGUCAUGGGCACACUUUAUCGAUGACCAACUGUUUGGGGUUCUGUGUAAGCUGCCCAACCUGAAGAGCAUCUGGAUGCAGCGGAACUGCUACACUGGCCGAGAGUUGGUUGCACGCACUGCGCACAACUUUCCGGCGCUCAGGAAUCUCAGAGGGACCUGUGAUCAGGAAAUGCCCAGAGUCUACAAAUUCGAGGAAGGAUCCAUGACAAAGCUCGAGAAACUUUCACUGAAUUUCGACAACUGGAGUGAGAAGAGCAUUGUCGGCAUUGAGCACUUGACGAGCCUUAAAGAGGUGCAGCUCGCAGGUAAGAGAGGGAACCCUGCGCUGGACCAGACUCUGGAGCUGCUAAAGGCGGAGAGCGGGAGGCACCCCAAUCAUUUCACAGUUGGAGUGAAGUACGACUGACCUAGUCGCUCUGCUUGCUUGCUUGCUGUAAGUUUGUUGUUUGUUACCCUUACUGUUUGUGUUGUCCACUGGUUCUUGUGUGGUUGGUUCUUGUGUUGUAAAAGAUGGAGCUUCCAGCAGUUUAAGCAUUGUGGUUUGUAAUAAAUAAAUUUGGAGCAUUUGGACUGUGGUCUAGGAAAAACAAAAACAAACUAUCUGUUAUGGCGCUGCUAGAAGGAGGGUGCGAGAGGGCCGGUCGGGGGCCUUUUUGCCCACGGCCGGGCAAGAGGGAAGGGAUUUCCUUCUUAAUUCUUGCUUGAUUAGAUUGAUACAUCUCUCUCUUUAUAUAAAGAGGUUUACUUGACUCCCAAGCAAGGCUUAUUUACAUGGCUAGCUACCUUUUGACAUAUUUAAUUAUUGAUCCCUGUUCAUUGGCCACACAUUUUACAGGUCACUCCUGA